AAAAGACAGGGUCAGCGCGUGGACUCGGCGCUGUCUCGCUGGCUCCCAGGAAAAAAAAAAGAAAGAAAGAAAAAGUAGAGCUGAAAAAGAAAUCGAUCGCUCCCAUCUCCAUCCGCAGCUGGGGCGGGCGACCGAUUGAUCCACUCCAUUCCCCUCCCGAUCUCCAUCCUCAAGCAAGCUACAAGCGCGGCUACUCUCCUCCUCGCGUCGCCUGCUCAUCCCGCGUCGGAGAAAUCGGUUUCGUUUUUUCUUUUCCGCUGUGGUGUGUUUUUCUCCCCGUUCUUGGUGGGCGCGUCUGCUGCGUGAGAGAUUUUUUUGGGUUUCUGCUGGUUGGGUUGGUUAGCUGCUGCGCUUGCUGAGGUUUCUAGUUGUUCUUUGGCCGGAUUGUGUGACUGCGUCCCCAUUUCGUGUUCUUGACUUCUUGUUGGGGGAGGGGAGCAUUUCGUCGAGCACCUUCCGUGCGGCUCGAGCUGUUGUGGGCUGGGGAGGGGAGCGGCCGAGCGGGGGGGCGGUUGUUGGGUGGCGGCGUUAAUUGGGUUUGUUGGGAGCCACCCUUUCAUGCCGUCCUUGCGGGCACGGGCCUCAGCUUGCGGAUGGAUUGCUACAUGCUGAAAUCAAGAAGGCUCGUUGGUGUCGCCGAUGCGUGGUCCGUGGAUGAUGGUGCGGAUGGCAUCAGCGGAUUCCCCGACGCGAUGAGCGCCGCUGCACACAAACAGAUGGUCACUGGUGCCGAGGAAGCCAUGCUGGGGAAGCUGGAAUUGGAUAGUCAAUCCAAUCUCUUCUCCAAUAGUGAUGAUUUUCUUCUUUCCGGGAGCAGUAAGCUGGGAAUUUCCGCAUCAGAAGAUAUAGAUUUGCCUGGGAAACAGGGAUUGCCCGAGUCGACAACAGACAGGCCUGGAAGCAAUGGAUCAAGCAGGGUUCCCAGACUAAGAGUGCUUGGAACAGCCGGCAUGGCUGGAUUUGGGAAGGCAGUUGAUAUUUUAGACACUAUAGGCUGCUUGGUAACAACAAGCCUUAGCACAGAUGGCGGCUUUAUUUCCAGGGCUAAAACCAAAGGAUGUCCGAUAUCAAUUCUUGCUUUUGAGGUUGCAAACACGAUAUUGAAAGGUGCUACUAUUAUGCAAUCUCUUUCGGAAGACACUGUUACAUACUUCAAACAAGUGGUGCUUCCUUCUGAAGGCGUGCAGAAUUUAAUUUCCAGUGACAUGAGUGUGUUGAUGCGGAUUGUAGCCAAUGACAAAAGGGAAGAGCUGAAAAUAUUUUCACAAGAGAUUGUCAGAUUUGGCAACCGUUGUAAAGAUCCCCAAUGGCAUAACCUGGACCGCUAUUUUGUCAAGCUAGAAUCGGAAAAUCCACCACAGAAGCAGCUAAAAGAAACAGCAGUUGCAGAGAUGCAAAAGUUGAUGGAUCUUGUUCAUCGUACAACUGAUUUGUAUCACGAGCUGCAUGCGUUGGAUAGAUUUGAGCAAGAUUAUCGCUGCAAGCUGACGGUAAAGGGAAAUUCAUAUCAGAAAGAUAAUCUUCCAGGAGAAAAUAUUGAGGUCGUGAGAAUAGAAUUGAAGAGUCAAAGGAACUAUGUGAAAAGCUUGAAGAAAAGAUCUUUGUGGUCCAAGACAUUGGAAGAUAUUGUUGAGAAGCUUGUAGACAUCGUGCAGUACUUGCAUUUUGAGAUCAACGCUUCUUUUGGAUCUUCUGAUGAAGGUGAAUUGAGUUCUGAAUCUACUGAAGACUGUCAGAGACUAGGACCUGCCGGACUUGCAUUACACUAUGCAAAUAUUAUCAUACAGAUCUAUAGCGUUGUUUCUCGAUCAGGAUAUAUACCACCAAAUACAAGAGAUGCUCUCUACCAAGGAUUGCCACCAAGAGUGAGAUCGGCACUACCUAAUAGAUUAAGAACUUCGUCAGUGCCUCAGGAGCUCAAUAUUGAUCAAAUUAGGGCUACAAUGGAUAAAACAUUGAAAUGGCUUGUUCCAAUGGCCAUCAAUACCACGUGUGCCCGAGGCUUCUUGCGGUUUAGCGAAUGGGCGAGAUCAGGGACUGAGAGGGUUGGAAGGAGGCCAGGCCAACCGGACGUGGUCGAGACGCUCUACCAUGCGGACAAGGCGAAGACCGAGGACUACAUUCUGGACCUGGUUGUCUGGCUUCACCACCUUGUCAACCAGAGUAACCGGCCGGCAAAUGCAAAAGACAAAGACAAAGAGCAGUCCACCUCACCUCUAACCAAAUCUGAUCUUGACAAGGCACAACAAGAAUAGCACUGCACUGCACUGCACUGCACCGCACUGCACAGCAGCCGACAAGAGCAAAACACCAGACGACGCCUGUGACCUGUCCGAUUGUUUGAUGUGGGCAUUGUUUGUAGGUUGUAAAUGGAAGCUAGGCUUCUUGCUGUUGUCCUAAAACUUGUGGUGGCGACGUGGGCAUGCGUUGCGCUCUGUACAUGUACAUCAGUCAAGUAGGUAGUAGAAAUGAGGAGCCUUUUUUUUUUCUCUCCGAUUAUUUGGUCGUUACAGAGAGGGUUCUAUAAUUUCAUUGUUGCAGCCAUUCGGUUGUCACAUGUUGUACGAAGGGGAAGAUGCAAUAAAAGGCUGGUGAUUCAUA